CGCUGGGUGUGGGGCCUCUGUGGUGGUCCUGAUGUGCCCCAUGCCGCAUUGUCUGUAUCUACAGUCAACACAGAGAGCCGCGGCGUGGGGAUAAAGCAGAGUCAGCUCUCUGUGAGCUCCCACGUUGUACAAGAGGAUGAAUUUUUAAAAGCCGUGCGAAACAGCGAAUCAUUGCGCUUGACAUUUACUCUACAUUUAACAGAAAGUACAUCCGUCGAAUGGGAAACAGUGGUAUGGCGCCAUUGUCUUUACAUACGCGUUCCAAGCUGUCUUUUGCCUGAAGGUUCAAAAGAAGGCUUCGUGUCGCUCCUGGAAUACGCCGAGGAAACGCUGCGAUGUACAAACAUCAUCGUUUGCCUGCGUAAGGACAGAGCGGAUCGAGCUAUGCUGGUUCGUACCUUCAUGUUUUUGGGAUUCAGUGUUCUACCGCCAACUCACUCCUUGGUACCACCAGGCAGUGACGCUGGCAAUCUCUACAUGCUCUAUGCCAUCGAGUAAAUAACCAGAAGCUCGACUUCUCUGAAAUUUAACGCACAGGAAUGAAAAACUUGUAAAAAAUAUUCAACCACAGGCAAGGCAAAAAAAUUACAAGAUAUAGAACCAUACAUUGGAAAUGAAGUUAAAAUUCAUAGAAUAGUGAUAUCAGUUCUGAUUCCGCCAUAAUCAGUGACAAACGCAAGCAAAUGACAAAAAAUUAAAAAAGAAUGUUCGUUUCACCUUGGCGUUAAAUUUAAGGGGGGUACAUUUUGAUCGCGUACGUAAAGAACGGAAAGAACGUAAGAGUAUGAUAAAGAUAAAUCGAAAUUAAUAGUCGAGUAUGUAGAAAUAAUUUAACGGUGGAAGUAAUUAAUAAUAAUUCAUUCUCUUGAAUACAAUGUCAACAACUUUUAAGAGUAUAUAAACUGCUGACGAAGCUUCCCACGUAAAAGGUUUGGCGACAUCAAGGCUUGAAAUUCACAUAAAGCUAUGAGACGUCAAAUUGUGCGAAAAUUUAUUACUGCAAAAUCUCAAUGUUAAUUGUGGUGGAUUGGGUUUCACCGUCUUUUAUUUUGUAUUAUCGCAUAUUAUUUCUUUUUUCUUUCGUAAUUACUUUCAUGUAGUAUUACUGUUACUAUACAUAUAUAUCUGUAUACAUAUAGGUACACGUAUUAUAUGCGUAUAACGAUGUGUAACUUGUGUUUGGCCACUUUGUAUUUAAAAUAAUUACUGUUUCCUUUUAGCUUGAACUUUCAGAAUGACACUGAUGAAAUUUACAAAUAUAAAAAAUUUUAAAUCUAGCAAAUAUUAAAUUCAAUAUAAUUGAAAUAAGGUAUCAAUUGAUAAUUUGAGCAAUACGUUAUAUACUGCCAGCGGUCGUUGUAAUCGUGAGUGGAUCAAUUUUCCUUCGUUAUUUUUAGACUAAGUGAUAACCGUAAUAAUUACUUCUAAUGAUAUAUGAAUAAUUAUCCUGACGAUUAUGAUAGUAAUUAUAUGUUAUUGUAAUAUUCGGUAACCCAGGUCAAUUAACAUUGUAGAGAUUGUGCUAAUAAAUACGCUCUUUAGUGUUGACUCGAUAACAAAUGAUGUUAAAUUACUGUAAAAUCAUUAAAAAAAUAUUAAAAUAUUCCAAAAAAAAUGAAAAAGAGGGAAGGUGUUAAUAGCUUGCUAGAAAUGUAGAUAAGUCCACAGUGAUGAGUUAUUAUAUAUGUUAACGCAAAUAGUUUCUAAUUUGUCCAACUGAGUACGAAACUCUUAUAUGUUUAAUUCUAUCACGUAUAUAGUAUUGCGUACCGUAUUACAAGUUAUCGCGUAAAAAUACAUAUGUAUGCUAUAUUUGGAUUAUUAAAAUUACACAAGAACA